CGUUUCUCCAUAGCGCAUCAUAGCAUGGUCUGUUUUUGCAAUUUGCUUGCAUUGGAGCAGCUUGCUGUUCGUAUUUGCCCCUGGCUCUUCUCCUCCUCAGAAUAAAUGUAUUUAAUGGAGUGAUAUCGCAGUUUCUUGGCAUCAGUCAACUGCCCUGCGUUGGGAUUGCUUUGAUAUACGACUCUCCUUCGGUUAGCUCCCUACAUACCUUUUAUUAAAUGAAUAUCUUUUGUCCCGAGCGAUCAUGUUCUCUUCCUUGAAAUCCUUUAGCUCGAAUAUCUCUGCGAAUUAUCAGGUUUCCCCAAGCCCCUCUUUUAUCUCUGGGCCCUGGAAGGUACACGACGGGAAGAAGAAAAGCACCGGCGCUCCGGCCUCUGUUUUCAUUUUUGAAAGGAAGUCCUUAGAAUAUCGGUCUAGUGGCUUUGGAUCUCGCUCCAGCUCUUCCUACCUGAAGAAGUUACAUGAUGGAGUCAUUGAGCGUUUGAGGCGAGAGGCAUCAAAUCUCGCCAGGCUGAGACACCCCUCGAUCCUCCAGGUUCUUGAGCCGGUUGAAGACACAAGAAAUGGGGGCUUGAUGUUUGUUACUGAACCUCUCACUGCGUCGCUAGCUGGUUUGCUGCAGGAGAAAGAUGAACAGGAGCGUACCGGUGGCGUCGGAGGUCGUGCCAGCCGGUUCGUGGUUGAGAGUCCUGAUGGCUCGAGACAGAGACGGGACCUUGAAAUAGACGAACUCGAAAUACAGAAAGGUUUGCUUCAAAUUGGCAAAGGACUUGAAUUCCUCCACGAAUCGGCCGGGCUGGUUCACGGCAAUCUGACCCCAAAUGCAAUCUACAUCAAUUCCAAAUCGGACUGGAAGAUAUCCGGCCUUGCGUUCGCGGGACCUGCUGAUUCACAAACAGCCUCCCAAUUGCCUCCAUUAGCGCUUUCCGAAGUUUUAUAUCAUGAUACCCAGCUUCCACACUCUGUUCAGCUUGAUUUGGACUAUACCUCCCCGGAUUUUGUUCUCGACUCCAACGUGUCCGUUGCAGCAGACCUAUUCUCUCUCGGACUAAUAAUAGUUGCCCUCUACAACUCACCACAUACCUCACCAAUCCAAGCACACCAUAGCAUCAACACAUAUAAAAGGCUUAUAUCGUCUCCCUCCACUGUUCCUUCGCAAGGCAAUUCAUUCCAGUGUUCGCGACCAAUCCCGAGAAGCCUUCGGACUGAAGUUCUCCCGAGACUUAUAACGAGAAGGCCAGCGCAGCGGAUGAAUGCUCGUGAGUUUCAGCAAGCUCAAUAUUUCGAUAAUGUUCUAGUAUCUACCAUCCGAUUCUUGGAAUCUUUCCCCGCGAAAACACCACAUGAGAAGUCUCAGUUUAUGCGGGGCCUUGAACGCGUCUUGCCAGAAUUUCCAAGCUCGGUUCUGGAGAAGAAGGUCCUUCCCGCUUUGCUAGAGGAGGCUAAAGACCGAGAGCUUUUGCCACUUAUUUUGCAGAAUGCAUUCAAAAUCAUCGGUAGGCUUCCAACUGGACGUCACGUUGUACCAGAGAAAGUAAUUCCCCAAUUAAAGGAAUUAUUUACUCCUUCAAACAACAAGGGGGUUGCAGUAGAACGGGACACUAGUAAAGAUGCUGGUCUGAUGGUUGUCUUGGAAAAUAUGAGGCUUCUCGCUGAUAAUUGCUCUGGGAAAGAUUUUAAGGAUGAUGUUUGGCCACUGAUUCACCUGGGAUUGGAUUCGCCUAUCCAUAGCCUAGUGGAUGCAUCCUUAAGAUGUCUUCCGGUUAUGCUGCCAGUCCUGGAUUUCUCAACUGUUAAGGACGAAGUGUUCCCACCUAUCGCUCUGGUUUUUAGCAAAACAAGCAGCUUAACCAUUAAAAUCCGCGGGCUGGAAGCUUUUGUUAUUCUCUGUGGCGGCACCGUUGACGCUAUGGGUUCGACGGACGAGUUAUCUGGGGUAAUAAGCAAUUCCCGGUCUCUAAGCUCCAGUCACACGUCUAUCCUCGACAAAUUUACUAUCCAGGAGAAGGUAGUUCCUCUCUUGAAGGCGAUUAAAACCAAAGAACCAGCUGUCAUGAUGGCAGCUUUGAAUGUUUUUAAGCAAAUUGGUCAAAUUGUGGAUAUGGAGUUUCUCGCCUUGGACGUCCUCCCGAUUAUGUGGGCAUUCAGUUUGGGGCCACUACUCAACGUGCAACAAUUCAGCAGCUAUGUGGAUCUUAUCAAGUCGCUUUCAACACGCAUUGAAACUGAACAGAAGAAGAAGCUUCAAGAGCUGUCGUCAAGUAAUGGGGAUAAGUCGCGGAAUAAUACCUCUAGCCCGUUUGGAAUGUCGACUAAUAUCAAUGUUGGUGUUGCUGGAAGUGAGGAGUCGGAUUUUGAGCGGCUCGUACUGGGGAAGGAUCGUGCUGCCAAGGCUGAUAAUUCCCUGGACACAUGGGGCGCAACGCUUUCAUCUUCUGCACAGCCGUCGACGGCCGAUGCUGGGCCUAAGUUUUCUUGGUCUUCAAGUCGCCCAGCUGCGAGUACUCUCGGUCCAGGUUCUGAUCCACGAUCAAUCACACCAGAUUCCAAAGUCUCUUCGUUUCCCGCGCUGCAGCCUACGUGCGGACAAAGCCUUGCGUCCACAUAUCAAUUCCCAGCCACUUCCCCAUCCUUGAAUUCUGCAGGAACAAGGUCUACCCCCGAUCCCCAACCGGGCGCCUCAAACCUCUCUAUGAAUUCGCCUUUAUACCAAUCAGCGAUGAAGCCUCCUAUGCACCAUUCGUUACAACAAACAAGUUCAGUGUUCACGAUACCUCCACCUCCUCCGUCUAAUUAUGCGCCCCCGAAAAUGAACCCAAUGUCGCUACCUCCCCCCACUCCUCUUGGAUCCUUGAAUUCCCGUCAGGCAUCUACAGGGCUAUCCUCAGAUAAUCGCUUACCAUUGAGGCCUGGGAAUUCCCAGGUUCAGGGCCUUGAUAAAUACGAGAGCCUACUUUAAGUUUGUAAAGCCCUGGAAGCAUUGCAUGGUUUAAGAAAAGGAAUUGUUGAUUUCAAUCUUCAUGGCUAAAAUUUGUUCUGUAAUCUGGAAAUAAUCCGGGCUGGGAGGACAGUC